UUUCUAGAUCAUUUAGCCUUAUCCCUUAGGCCGCCUUCUCACUUUCUACCAUAUAAUUUGCAACUACUUCGUCGCGUGUUCUAUAAAAUCCGAGUCUCGAUUGCGUUAUCGGCCGUCUCUUGAUCCCCUUACUUUCGACCGUGGUUCCCGUAACACUCGUCCUCUCGCUCCAUUCCAUUCGCUUGAGUCGCAAACCUGCUGCCGUCUAUCCAACAUCUUGUUCGCUGUCUAGAUAGCCUCUAGAUGCGGAACGCUGCAUCGUUGUUACCCCAGCUCUCUCCAUCAAACCAGGCGCAUGUCGACCGAUACUGUGCAAAUUCAACGGUGAACCGAGCGCGAAGCCCCAACAUCGGUUAGACUCCCAAAAUUGAAGUGCCGACCGAAUGAGCUGGCAACAAGGGUCCCCGAUGGGCGCCGGCGGUAAUGGAGGAGGCGGCCCCGGCCCAGGCCCAGAUAUGCCUGGAGGUGGCUCGGCCUUGCAUCACCAGCACGGCGUGCCACACGCCACCGAAUACACCCUGCAGGGCGUCAUGCGUUUCCUCCAGACGGAGUGGCAUCGACACGAACGAGAUAGGAACUCGUGGGAGAUCGAGCGCCAGGAGAUGAAAGGUAGGAUUGCCGCCCUCGAAGGUGCUGCGAGGCGUGGUGAUGCUACACAAAAGGCCUUAAGGAGAUACGUCCAGAUUCUCGAGAAGAAGAUCAAAGAUCAGACAACUCAGCUCGAAGCAGCCAGCCAUGCCAGUACAGAGCCCGAUCACGCUGUGAAACGCCCCCCCAAGCUCGACAGGGCCGCUCUCAUACAGGAGAAGUUGAAGUCGAAUAACGACAAGCUGAAGAAUGGCCUGCCUCGUCCUGAAGGACUGCUUGGGAUACAGGGAGACGAGGAACGUGAUCGCGAUGACCUCAGGAACUUUUUGGAUCAAUGCCAAGCCGAGUUCUCGUACCUGAUGAUGACCCCUGCAAAUCCUUUGCCGCCUCGAGAAUCGCCUCCCCUGCCCGUAAUGGAGGAUCUAAGGGAAGGCGACUUUGGUCUCCCUCUUGGCCAACAACCUCUCGAUGCUGCUUUCCAAGCGUUGAGACUAAACCAAAAUCAUGUUAAAGAUCCCCCUUCCCGUCUACCUCCAAGUGCAAAUCACGCUCCGCCCAUGCCACCUGCAGGUGUGAUGAAUAUGGCUCCCAAAGCAAACGAAUUACAGUCUGCUCCUAUGGUCCGCUCGGGGGAGAAUUCGGGUAUGGGAUACUCACAUCCAGGUGACUGGUCAGCUACUCCUAACCGUGCUCGCGACGGCCAACCCCCCAAAGCCAACCAUGCCAACGACCUAUCGCGGAUGGAAAAUUCUCAGGUUUCUAUGGACAGACGAGCAGGUGAAUCUGAAGGCUGGGACUUUAAUGAAGCAUCAUUCCCAGAUUCCACCUCAUCGCAACCUCUCCAGCAAUUCUCGCAACGACCUGAUACUGAUGUCUUCCCUGCUGCUGAAAAUCUCCCGAAAUCACCCAACCGCGCACCCAGCUCACACCGCAGAAAGAGUUCCUUGUCUCGUAGAAGAAGUACAGAGCAAGAGAUAACCCUUAAUGCCAUGGCUCAAAAGAUCGAAAGUACCAAUUUCAAACUUCGGUACGGCCUGCGUGGGCACCUAAACGCUGUCCGCACUGUCAUCUUCUCGGGUGGUGGAAGCCCUGGAGAGCCCGAGAUUUGCACGGCCGGAGACGACGGUCUCGUCAAACGAUUCCAUCUCCCUCGCGAGAACCCUGCUCACCUCGGUGCCCAAUCUUCUGAUCUUGACGUUCCCGCUGACUUUACACAUCGUGGGCACACGGGUGCUGUCUUGUGUCUGACCUCUUGGUCGCCAUCACCUAACUUCUCUACCGGUGGUCGCGCUCAGGGUGAUGGAUGGAUAUUCUCGGGUGGACAGGACGCGACAAUUAGGGUUUGGGAACGUGGAAGGGUUGAUCCCAAAGCGACCCUGGAUGGCCACAGCAAUGCAGUCUGGGCGAUUUGUGUGCUCCCUGCUACUCUGGGGUCUCUAUUUGGACAGUCGAACCCUUACGGUACUCCGGAACGCAUCUUGUUGGCAUCUGGCGCAGCUGAUGGCGUUAUCAAAAUCUGGGCAGUGAGCGCACCGCCUCAGUUGACAUCGCCACAGCCGGGGCCUGCGGGGAGACGUGCGACCGGUAGCGGGCGUGUUAGAGGCAACUCGAUGAGCUCCGGUUCGCAGUUUCCCAAUUCCCCUCAGCCAAAUAUGGCCUCCAACUCUCCCUUCCAUUCUACUCUAGUUCAUGAUAUACGAAGAUCCGAUGGCUCCAAAGCUUCCCCAACUUGUAUAACACCUCUGUCGGCAACUGGUGAAUCUUUUGUCGUCAGCUUUUCAGAUGCUGCUAUUAUCGUGUUUGAUACGCGGACGGGCGAGGAAAUCGGCUCCAUGGCGAGCCUGGAAACAUAUGAUAAUACAGUAGCGACGAGUGUCAACGCUGUGGUCGCUACAACUGCUAGCCUCGAACAGGGCUCUAAUAAGGGAAUGGGCGAGGAAGACGCCGGUGGGCCUACCGGUAGCAGUGGUUCCUCGGGUAGUGGUGUCGAAGGCGUCAUAAUAUCUGGGCACGAGGACCGGUUCAUCAGGUUCUUCGAUGCCAACAGCGGUCAAUGUACAUAUAAUAUGCUCGCGCAUCCCGCCGCCAUUUCAAGCCUUUCGCUCAGCCCCGACGGUCGAGAGCUCGUGUCUGCCGGCCACGACGCUAGUCUGAGGUUCUGGUCGCUCGAGAAGCGGACGUGCACCCAGGAGAUAACGAGUCACCGGAUCAUGAGAGGCGAGGGCGUGUGUGCUGUCGUGUGGAGCCAGGAUGGACGGUGGGUUGUCAGCGCCGGCGGUGAUGGCCUUGUCAAGGUGUUUGCAAGAUGAAUGAUGAAAUGGGAUUCAUUGUGAAAUAUAUUUGUCUGUUCCUCGACUCUAGUAAACACGGACAACAGUUACUACUCUCGCCUGUCAUCUCUUGCCCUGCGUCUAUCUAUCUGUCUCUAUCUAGCUGGCUAUCUCAUUGGCUCCUUGGGUUUUUGGUGAGGUUUAUGAGAUAGAUUAAGUUAAGUGAUAAGGAACUUAGAAAGAAAACGCCUUGGCUUGAUGUAUUGCCAUCUAUAUCUUGUUGAUCGUGCGGAGAG